CCUAGUCUCUCUUUCUUCUCGUGCAGCAACCAACUGCCAUCCUCAUCAUGCCCGACCUCGAGGAUCAAUCCGAGAAGCCCACUUCUCCAGUCCAGUCUCCCGCAUCCAGCACCACCACCAUUGCCGCCCUCUACCCCGAAACCGAUCUCGACAAGGGCAUCAUCGGCUGGGACGGUCAAGAUGACCCCAACAACCCGCAAAACUUUGCCCCGAAACGCAAAUGGAUGCUCCUCGCCCUAAUGAGCUCCUUUACUUUCAUCUCGCCGCUGGCGUCGAGCAUGUUUUCCCCCGCUAUCAGUUACGUGGCCGUCGACUUUGGCGUCACCAAUGAAUACCUCCUCUCCUUCAGUGUCACCAUCUUCCUUCUCGGCUACACAAUCGGCCCCCUCUUCCUCGCCCCCCUCAGCGAAAUCUAUGGCCGCCGCAUCGCUUUGAGCGCCGCAAACUGGUUCUUCGUUGUCUGGCAAAUCGGCUGCGCGCUCGCCCCCAAUCUCUCUGCCUUGAUCGUCUUCCGUCUCUUCGCCGGCAUGGGCGGCGCCGGCUGCAUCACCCUAGGCGCCGGCGUCAUCGCCGACCUCUUCCCCCGGACCCAGCGCGGCAUGGCCACCUCCAUCUGGGCCAUGGGCCCCCUGAUCGGGCCCGUUGUCGGCCCCAUCGCCGGCGGCUUCAUCGGCGAAACCAUCGGCUGGCGCUGGGUAUUCUGGAUCCUACUCAUUGCCAGCGGUACUAUCGGCGCCGGCAUCGAGCUUCUCAACCGCGAAACAUACGCCCCCGUCCUGAUCCGCUGGAAAACAGCGAAGCUCGCACGUGAACUCAACCGUCCUGAACUUCGCAGCGCCUACGACAUUUCCCAGGGCACGACACCCCCGACCGUCUCCCAGGCACUAAUGCAGGGUCUGCGCCGUCCCAUCAUUCUCUUAUGCAAGAGUCCUAUCGUCCUUCUCCUCUCCAUCUACAUGGCCUUCGUCUAUGGCCUCCUCUACCUCUUCUUCACGACCAUCACCUCCGUCUUCGAACAGACCUACGGCUUUUCCACCGGUCUCGCCGGCCUCUCCUACCUUGGUAUCGGAGUGGGCUUCUUCAUUGGCAUGACUGCCGUCGCAAUGACCAGUGACCGCAUGGUCGUCAAACUCACCGCCCGCAACAACGGCGUCUUCCAGCCCGAAAUGCGUCUUCCCACUAUGAUCAUCUUCGCCUGCUUGCUCCCCAUCAGCUUUUUUUGGUAUGGCUGGUCCGCCAAGUACGAGGUUCAAUGGAUCGUGCCGAUCAUUGGUAUGGCGCCGUUCGGCAUCGGCAUGCUGGGCGUCUAUAUGCCGAUUCAGACGUACGUAAUUGAUUGCUAUCCGGCGUAUGCGGCCAGUGCGAAUGCGGCGCUCACAGCGACAAGAUCGUUGGUCGGUGCCGUGUUGCCGCUUGCUGGGCCGAAGCUGUUUAGCAGUUUGGGGCUUGGGUGGGGGAACUCACUCCUAGGAUUUUUGGCGUUGGCAUUUGUGCCCGUGCCGAUUUUCUUUAAUCGUUAUGGGCAGAAGAUUCGGGAGAAGUGGGUUGUGAACCUAGAUUAAUGCCUCUACGACCACUUGUGCAUUUUCGUUGUGCUGUAAAAAGUUUUGGUGGG